ACAAAAUUCACACUCAAAUAUACAUAAAUAUAUAUAUAAAUAAAAGAUAUACUCAAAUAUAACAAUAUUCGUAUAUGCAUGUAAACUUAAACUUAAUAAAUCAAAAAAAGGAAUAUUGAAAGAGAGAACAAAAAGAGAAUGCAAGAGAAAAAGAAAAUUAUAAGAAAAAAAAUUUUUUUUUUAAAAUUCUGUUUUAUAUAAACAAACAACAAUAGGGUACUAUUGAAUAAACCUUCAAGUUUUUUUUUUUUUUUGAUAUAAUGGAUAUUAAAAUAAAAGUACAAUACAUACGCAAGGAAAACAAUCAACAACCACAUACACAAACUUAAAUGGAUUACAAAAAAAAGUUUUAACGAAGAGAAUAUCAACAAAAAAAUUGAUCUUAUUUCCUUUCUUUAAGUUAUGGUACCAUCUCCAUUACCUGGAAUUUCGCCAAUAAUGGCAUCAUUAUCACCACAAACAACAUCACAACAUAAUUUUCAUAAUCGACAGCAGCAGCAACAACAACAGCAGCAACAACAACACCAUCAACAAAAUUUGCAAACAUUACAGCAAAAUCAACAACAGCGAGAACAACAACAAUCACAAACAAAAACAAUACCAAGUACAAGUCAACGAAAUUUAUCUAUAAAUGGUGUAGCACAAAUGACACCAUCACAAAAUGGUAUAACACGAAAUGAACAUUUACAACAACAACAGCAACAUCGAAAUUCUUUACAUAGUAAGGAUAUUACAUCUUCAAAAGCAAUAACAAAUAACAAUAAGAGUAAUAAUAAAAAUAAUAAUAAAAAUAAUAAUAGCAAUAAUAAUAGUUUUAUUCAAAAAUCAACAAUUAAUUCAACAAUGUCAACAAAAUUGACAACACCAAUAUUACCACCAAAAUUAUUCAAUAUUGAUAACAAUAAUAAUAAUAAUAAUAGUAAUAAAAAUGACAAUAACAAAAAUGAUAAUUACAAUAAUAAUAACAAUAACAACAGUAAAAAUAAUAAUAACAACAGUAAUAGUAAUGAUAACAACAAAAAUAAUAAUAAUAAUGAAAUUAAUAGUGAUACCAGUAAUAACAGUAAUAACAGUAAUAACAAUAAUAAUAGUAAUAAUAAUAAUAAUAAUAAAAAUAUCGAAAUAAAUAAUUUAGAUAGUAAAAGUAUAAUAACAAAUUUUAAAAUAAAAAAUGGUAGUGAUAAUAGACGUAGGAAAAGUGUUAAUCAAGACAAUCAAAAAAAUAAUUUAAAUACAAAUGAAACAACAAAUAAUAAUAACAGUAACAAUGAUGAUAGUGUUACAACAACAACAACAACAACAAAAACUGAAAGAUAUGAUGGUUCAAAGAAACGUGAAAUUUUAUUAAAAAAUUUAAAUCUUCAUAUUGUUUGUAAUUUAUGUAAAGGAUAUUUAAUUGAUGCUACAACAAUUGUAGAAUGUUUACAUUCAUUUUGUCACAGUUGCAUAAUGAAACAUUUAAUGACAGAACAAUAUUGUCCGCAAUGUGAAAUGAUGAUUAAUACUGCAAAACCAAAUAUAAAACCUGAUACAACACUUCAGGCAAUUGUAUAUAAAUUAGUUCCUGGUCUUUAUGAAAGAGAAUUGAUGAGAAAACGUGCCUUUUAUCGUGACCGUCCAGAAGAAGCUGCAUUAGCAACACCAGAACAAAGAGGUGAAGAUACAGAAAAUUUAAUAUUCAGCCCUACAGAAUUUAUGUCACUAUCAUUAGAAUAUGCUGAUAUUGAUCAAAUUUCACCAAAUCAAGAUGUAUACGGUUUAAGAACUCCAAAAUACUUACAAUGUCCUGCCAUAUUAACUGUAGCACAUUUAAAGAAAUUUGUUACAAUGAAAUUUGGUAUUGAUACACAACGUUUUGAUGUUGAAAUUAUGUAUAAAGUUAUAACAAUUGUAUUAUAUGAUCAUUAUACAUUAAUGGAUGUCGCAUACAUAUAUACAUGGAAACGUGAAGCACCAAUGCGUUUCUUUUUUCGUGUUAAAGAGAAAACUAUAAGACGUCGAAUUAAAAAGAAAUUAAUUAAAUCAGAAAUUGAAUCAUCAAAUAAUACAAAUGAUAAAUCGUCAAUGAAUUCAACUGAUGUACAAUUAAUUACAAAUAAAAAAACAAAUAAUUUAAGUAAUAAUAAUAAUAAUAAUAGUAAUAAUGUUAAUAAAAAUAAUAAUGAAGUAAAAGAAGAAUUUUCCGAACAAAAAUCAAUUAUGAAAAAAUUGAUAUUAGUAAUUUCUCAUAUCAAUAAAGAAAUAAAAGAAAAUUUAAAAUAUUCAUAUACUUCGAAUACAAAAAAUUUAAGUUAUAAUAUAAAUUUAGAUAGUUUAAAUAAAGAUAAUGUUAAUUCUUCUUCUGCUAAACAAGAUUCGAGUUCAGUUUAUGAUUUUAUAUCAGAUUCACCACUUAGUUCACCAAAUCCAAAUUCAAGUUCGAGUUCAGUUGAUCAACAGAAGACUGAAAAAUUAAAAAUUACUCUAGUCGGAAAGAAUAAGACUCCAAAAAUAACAUCACCGAAACCUCAAAAUUCUAAUAAUAUUAAUAACGAUAUAUCACCGAAAUAUCAAAAUCAAAAAUCUAAUAACAAUCACAGUAAUUCUAACAAUAGCAGCAACAAUAACAAUAAUAGUAUUAAUAGUACUAAUAAACACUCCAAAAUUGAUAAAAAUUCAAUGGAACAAACAGUUACUGCUACAUCAUCAAAUAAUGAUGAGAAUAGAAAACCAGAAAAUAUUAAAAUGAAAAUUGAUAUUUCAAAACAGGAUAGUAUUAAAAUUAUAAAUAUGUCUGGACCUGAUUCAAUACCCAAAGAAAUUGUUAAAAUGGUUAAACCAGAUAAAGAAUGGAAAAUUAAAUUAAAAGGUGAUAAAGAAGAGAAACGUUCAAGUCCAUCACCAAAUACAUCAAAUCAUGAAAUAAAAUCAAAAAGUAUAAGUCCGCAAACUGUUCCUCCAAUAACAAUUAAAGCAAAGAAUAAAAGUCCGAAAAUUCUAGCAAACAAUAACAAUAAUGAUAGUAGUUGUAACAAUAAUAAAACAACAGACAAUACUUCCAACAUUGAUGAUAAGAAAUCACGUGAUUUGAAUGAAGAAGAAAAGAAAUCAGAAUUUUUAAAUGCAUUCUCUUUAACCUCCAUUAAAAAUAUAUCGCCAAAUAAAUUAGAUAUUCAAAAUGCUUCCAGUAGUACAAAUAGUUCACAAUCUUAUUUAUCUAAAACACAAGCGCUUCUAAAAUCAUCAAAGCUAUUACUUGCUAAUGCUAGUAAAAUUACUGAAAAGAAGAGAAAAAGUCGAGAUUUGAUGAAAACUUCAGCAAAGAAACAAAAAUAUGAAAUUCCAGAAUUGCCAAAUUUAAUUGAAAAGAAAGAAAAAGAGAAACAUCAAAUAAAAGAAAGGAAAAAUUCCACUUCAUCUGAGACUAUCUCUUUUAAAUUAUGUUCAUUCCCAAUUGGUAGCAGUACCGAAAAUACAAUUUCUUCAUUAACAAAAACAGAGUCACCAACUAAAACUACAAUAACAGAAACUACAACUACAGUAAAAGAGUCAUCAUCUAGUGAUGAUGUUUAUAAAUUUGAAAGUUCAAGUCCACCUUUAAAAUCUAAUUCUACUUCGUCAACUGAAUCAAAUGCCAUUAAAAAAUCACCGAAAAAUAUUAAACCACAAAAUAAUAUUCAGUCAGAAAAAGAUGAUGUUAUGAAAACAAACAAUUUGAAUAAAGAAACAAAAAUUAAUUCUGACAAAUUACCUGAUAAAACAUCACAAAAUUUCACGGCACCUUUACCUCCACCACCGCCUCCACCGCCACCAGCAUCAUCACCAUCAUCAUCACCGUUGUCAACACCAGUAUUACCACCAAAAUCAAACGCUUCACCUACAUCAGAAUUCAAAGUACCACAAAAGCAUAAUAUUGUUAAUAAAAUGUUAGCUGAUUCCUCAAAGAAGAAUUCUCUGAAGAAGAUAAUGCCCGCUCCACCACCACCUUUAAAACCAUUAGAAUCUAAUAAAAAAUUAAAUGAACAGAAACAACAGAAAUUUUCACAACAUAAUGUUAUUCAAAAUCCCCUUGGAAAUUAUCAUCGUAUUUCGCAACCAGGAUCAACUACACCACAUCCUAAUAGAUCAAUGUUAGUACCAAGUGGUAUUGCUAGUUCACAAACUCAACAAUUUAUUGCAGCACCAGGUAGUAGAACUCCAAUAGCCAAACGUUAUGCAAAUAUUUUACCAAAACAAAAUCGACCAAAUCCAUUUGCAAAUAUUCCAAGUGAUGUAAAUAAAAUGUUAAAAAAUUCUGGUACAGAAAUAAAACCAUUAACUGGUACAGAAUAUCCACCUGUUAAGGUGUAUGGUCCAGCAAUGAAUUUGAAUGGAUCAAAUACUAAUCAAAAUUUAAAAUCUAAUUCACCUUUACAAAUAAUGCAAAAUAAUCAACUUAAAGGAACAAAUACAACAAAAAAUAAUACAAAUUAUUUAAAUUUUGCUUUAAUGAAUUGUACAAGAAAUCGUGCUGUUGAUGUUUCUGUUGGAUACAGAACACCAAUUUAUACUCCCAAUUAUGCAUCUAGUUCACCAAUAUAUUCACCAAAUUCGCCACAAUAUGUUCCAAAUUAUAACAUUCCUGUACAACCAACCUAUAAGUAUACUCCAAAAACAAAUGCAAAUAAUACCGGUGCAGCUGCGUCAUAUUUACAAAGUGUACUGGGAAACAAUAAUCAAUUCUCAGGUUUAUUUCCUGGACCACCAGUAAAGAGAAAUGAAGAAGUAGCAAAAUUUGGAAACCCGAUGCAACAAUCGAUUUUGGACAGCAAUGAAGCUAAAAAGCAAAGUUUAGCAAUCGCUAGUAAAAUUACGAGUGCUGUUACUGAAAACAAAGAUGAAGAGCCGAUUGAAAAACGAAUAAAGGUAAAGUCGCUUCUUAAUUCAUGUAACAUUAAUAUACCAUCUUCUUUAUCAAUAACCAUUACCAACGAAGAAGCUGAUAACAAAACUAACAAUGUAGUCAACUCUAAACACAAGAGUCCAGUAAAUAAUUACAUUGAAAUAUUGAAGUUGCCGGACCAACCAAAUCAAUCUGAUUCAAUCUCAACAGAUAUUUCAAACACUAAAACAUCAACACCCACACCAACCAAAACUAAUGAUGUAUCUACGAAUUCUAUUAAUAGUUCACAAAAGGCUAACAAUUCUGUAACCUCACCUAAUUUUAGCUCGAACAUGCCAAAUACUCCAAGUCAAACGAUCUCAAACCUUAAUCAAAAAACUUCACCAACUUAUGCAAAAGAGAAAAGCUCAAAUAAAAAUUUAAUUUCUAACCACAAUUCAACAAAAACACCAAGUCCAGAUAAAAAGUUGUCUUUAAAUCAAAAUAUAAUUGGUGAAAAGAGAAAAUCAACAGAAAAGUUUUCCCCGGAGAAAGAUGGAAAAUUGCCGAAACUUACCGAUUCGAUUUUAAAUCAACCGGCAACUAAAAAAUUCCGUCAUAUUUUGCCGCGAGCCCCACAAACAGUGAACUCAAAUACAAAAUCACAAACUUCAACACCGAACUUACAAAAACCAUUACAAAAAGAUAAAGCGAUGUUAAAUUCUGCUAUGAAUGCUAAUUUCCAAAAAAGUACGCAAAAAACAACGAUUGAAACGUCGUCACAGGGAUCACAACCACUUAAAGGCACGAAUUUUAACAUUAGAACUAAUUUCCCAAACUCUCCCACCGGAAGUAUUAAUUUUAAUUCGACCAUUCCCCCACCUAACUCAUCACCAAAAAUGCUUACGUCAAUAGAUAAUAAAUCUGAAAUAUCUGUUUCAAAACCCGCAGAUUUUCCAAUUCAACAACUACAAAAGCAACAACUACCAAUAACAUCACAUCCACAACAAUCUCAACAAAUGCCACAAUUCUCGAAUAAUCUUAAUUUAAAUGCAAAUGUACCGACAGCAAAUGCUACAACAACAACCGUUGAUGUUGCCAAUUUCUUACAACAGGCGAUAGCUGCUGCUCAAAUACAAAAUUUUGCAGCGGCUGCUGCAGUUGCUGCAAAUGUGGCAAAUAAUGAUCCAACUGCUGCUAUUCAAGCACAAUCUACACCUAAUGGCUUAUUUAUAUCACCACAUGCUUAUACACCAUUUGCAAAUGGUUUUGGACAAUUUACACCACAACCAAAUUUCGGCUAUACAGCUUUUCAACAAGCUUUAAUGUUAGAUCAAAUAGCUCGUAUAGAAAAAGCGCAGCAAGAUCAAAAUAAAUGUCAGCAGCAACAACAACAACAACAGCAACAACAACAACAACAACAGCAGCAACAACAACAACAGGCCCAAAAAGAACAACAAGAACAAAUUAAAAAGCACCAAGAAUUUCAACAAAUGCAACAAAAUCAACAAAACCAUCACAAACAAUACCAACAACAAAAACCACAACAAAGAUCAAAAUUUGAUGAUAAAAGAAAGGAAAAAAAUUUAAUAUCACCCACUUUUGAAAAACAAAAUUCACAAAUACAAAUACCACCCCAACAAAAAUCCCCACAAUUAUUACAACAACCACAAAUGCAACAACAAUUUAUUCCGAAAUUCAAUCAAAAAGAUGAAUUAAAUAGUAAUACAAAUUUAAAUAUGUAUGCAAGUAGUACAAUUACAUCAACAACAACGGCUACAGUAACUACACCAGCAACGAUGACAACGCCAACAACAACAUCCACAUUAAAUGCAACACAAUCAACUGUAGAUACAACUGGGAUUACAGCAUUACAAAAAUUAAUUAAUAAUGUACAGAAUGGGGCAAAUUCUAUUCCUCUUCUGGGUCAUAACAAUAAUAAUAAUGUUAGUAAUAACAACAACAAUAGCAGUAAUACCAAUGUAAAUAAUAAAAAAGAACCAAAUGAAAAAGAGGCUAAAAUCCUUAGCAAAUUUCGAAAACAACAACAACCGCAACAAAUACAGCAACAACAGCAAAAUCAACAAUUGCAACAUCAACAGAAACAACAGCAACAACAAUCUAAAACAGAAAAUAAUUUGAAAGUCGUGCCUUCUCUUUCACCCACUACACAAACAAAUAAUAGCAAUAAUGGAAACAACAAUACAAUUGCCAACAAUAGCACCAACAUUAAUAGCAGUAAAAAAUAGAAUUUGAUAUUUCUGUUUUUUUUUUUUCAUUCCGCUUCGUUUUCGCUUUGAAUUUUUGUUUCAUCUCUCUCUCCCCAAAAAUUUAUUUAUAUUUUCUUUUUCAUACAUAAUACGUUAUUUACUUGUUUCAUGCAUAAAAUACACAACACAUGUGUAUGAAUACAUUGAAAAUAUACAAUAUAUGUGUAUUUGUAUUUAUGUUUAGUAUAUUUUUAAAAAUUUCAAAUUUUACUCAAUUCAUACGCAAAGAAAAAGCUGUUGUUUGCUGUAUUGUGUUUCCUAGCUAACGUCUCCGCGUUCGUUUCUUCUAUUUCAUUCCAGGUAAUAUUUUCCACACAUUUCGUGCUUAAUAAUGCCUUCUUGUAAAUAUUAUUUUCUUGUAAUAGUUGUCUCUUUUUUUCAUUUUAAUUUAAAUUUUUGUAUAGAAAAUUAUUUGCCAUUUCCUAAAAGAGAAUUAUUAAAUAUUUUUUAAAAUAGGUGCAAGUUUUUGACUUUCUAUUAUUAUUAACGGAAAUAUUAGAAAAUAAAAUAAAAUAAUUAUUAUCAAAAAUUUAUUUUAAAUUGUACCCAUACAUAAAAUAUUAGGAUUUUUGAUACGAAAUAAGUUACAAAAAUGGUUGGUAUUCUGUUUCAACAUUUCGCCGUAUCUGCUGGAUAAUGUGAUAGAAAAAAUUUAUGUAUAUGUAUAUAAUGUAAAAAAAUUCCCAUAAAAUUAUAUAAACAAAAAUUUGUUAAAUUUUGAACAAAAAAUUUAAUGUAAUUUAAAAAAAAAAAAGAAAUUUAAUUAAAAUUAAAUUAUAAGAAAAAAUGUAUACCCUAUUCCAUGAAUAAUUAGAAUUUAAUAUUAUUGACAAAAAAGGGAUAAAAUAAUUUUAUUUAAUUAAUAAAAUUGAAUACUUGAACGGUUAUCUAUUAUUUGAUUUACCGUACCGUUACAAAUAAAAAAUAAUUGCCAAUUAAGUACACGUCAUUGUCGUAU